AUGAAGAAAUCAUCAAAAUAGACAAGUAAUAUAAUCGAGGUUGACUUGGAUAAAUUUGGUGAUAAAGGAGGUUCGAUAACAUUGAAUUGCAAAGUCGGAGGAAUAAUUCAGGCUAAAGGAUCAUCUAAUAUUAGCACUGGUUAUUCUUGGGAAGUAGAUGAGUCGUUAGAAGGCUAUCAAGGUGUCUCUUUAAUUUCAAGCGACUAUUUUGAGUAAAAGAUAUUAUCUAUAAUGAAUUUGUAGCAAUGA